AUGUCCUCAGAAUGGGGGUCCAAAGAUAAACCUGAUAUAUCUGACUCAUAUUGUAGGGUUUGUAAUAUUGAGUUUGAGUCCUGGGACGGCCUUAAGAGCCACAUGUUGAGCAGCGCGGCUCAUAUCAAUUGCUGUGACAUUUGCCUUAUUGAAUUUAAUCAUUAUGGCUCAUUCAAGAAACAUCGGGAAUCAAUGCACAACUCCAAGCAAAAUCUACAUUGCCAUGCAUGCGAUAGAAACUUCACGCGACUCGGAAGCCUGGUAGGUCACCUCGAGCUAUCUGAGUGUAAAUUGAGGACUAGUGAUCAACUAGCUGCGAUACGUAACCAGAAAAAGCUAGUGUACCAGAGACAAAUCGCGGCUCGCAACUACAAGGACUUUAAUCGUAGUGCUGUGUCUGAUAUUUUUGGCAAGGAGCCAUUACCUGUGCUCUACCAGGACAAUUCACUCUUCAAUAUUACAGCCAAGCAGGAUCACUCUCUUCCUCUAAACCACGAGCAUAAUGAGAAACUCACCGGUAGAGAUUCCAUAGAAAGUGGUGAAAUUGAAAUAAAACCGCAUUUAGUCCAAAAAUCUAGUAAUAUUUUAGAUCCGAGCUGUGCUGGAUUUCAUGCGGAAAAAUACUACAUAAAAUUGUUAAGGAAAUACAAAUGCCCUCACCAUAAUUGCCGCAAGAGUUUUGAAGCGAAAUCUUCGUUCAUUCAACAUAUGAGGUCACCGGCUCACAUUGACGAAAACCUUCAGUGUGAAAGCUGCCUGCGGUUCUUUGCUACCGCAACUGCUCUUACUCAACACUGUGAGGCAAACACAAACCGAUGUAUGAUUCAGUCAUCGCCAAAUUACCUUCAAUUCGUUGAUAUGAUUACAUCGGGAGUCGCUCGUCCUGCUGGGAGGCUUGAAGAUAAGACAAUUGCAUACUCCACGAUGCCGCCUGAUUUUUAA